AUGCUCUGGACAGACUACUGGACCCGUUUCAACACCAUCAGCAUCCCGAUACAGGACGAGGAUGCCUUCUUCGCCGACGCUAUGGCCGCCGCACGAGUCGCCGAGAACCGCCAGCACCUGGAGGAGAUCCUCGAGCAGAAGUCACGCGAACGACGGGCCGAACUCGCCGAUGUUGUCUCGAGUAUCGCCAUCGCCGCCAUCUCCCUUCGCACACCCUUCGACACACCCACCGCCCGUUCCGCGGCGCUGAAGGUCGGCCAGACCGGCAGCUUGGACAGUUUCGCGCAGCUCGCGUGUGGCGUUGCAUUUUCAUGGACCGGUGCGAACCAGAAGGCGGAGAGGGUGAAUAUCGAGCCGAGAGAGAACCGCGCACCGAGCGCAGAAGCCCGAGCUCAAAGCAAAAACGAUACCGAUAAUGAUAGUGACGGAGAUGCCGAUGAAGACACCCACGAUACCCACGAUACCCAUGAUACCCCUGAAGAUGACUACGAAGAGGCCUACAUGCCCACGAAUGACCCUUGGGAGUUGGAGAAUGCCUUUCCAUCAGAUUAUGAUAUAUAUGAAGCUGCAGCUGGGGACGAAUGUGGCUCAGAGUACCACGGCUGCGAUCCGCUAAGGGCGCUGUAG